GUGAGUACCCAAGCAGUGCAGACACUGAACAAACACCCGCAGCAAAGGCCCCGGGCCCCCCGCCCGGUAGGUAACUCUCUCCUGUCUUCCAUCGCCAUGGGGCGGAUGCUCAGCGCCCCACUCUCCCUAAUCCCCCUGGUCCUGGGCCUCUGGUCUGCAGGUGUGAGCACGACUCCAUUGCCUGCGUCCCAGGACCAAAGUCCCUGCUCCCUGGAGGGCAUCCGGAUCACAGGAGGCUCCUUUCAACUCCUCCAGAAGGGCCACACACUGGAAUACCUGUGUCCCUCUGGCUUCUACCCGUACCCUGUGCAGACACGCACCUGCAGACCCUCCACGAGGUCCUGGAGCGCCCUGCAGACUCAAGACAAAAAGAUUGUCCAGAGUGCAGAGUGCAGAGCAAUUCGGUGCCCAAGGCCACAGGCCUUUGAGAACGGGGAGUUCUGGCCCCGGGCCCCCUACUACAACUUGAGCGACGAGAUCACUUUUCAGUGUUAUGAUGGCUACUCCCUCAAGGGCUCUGCCAACCGUACCUGCCAGGUCACUGGCCGGUGGAGUGGACAGACUGCCAUCUGUGACAAUGGAGCGGGGUAUUGUCCCAACCCGGGCAUCCCCAUUGGCACACGCAAGGUGGGCAGCCAAUACCGCCUUGAAGACAGCGUCACCUACCAGUGCAGCCGGGGGCUCAACCUGCGUGGCUCCCAGCGGCGCACGUGUCUGGAAGGUGGCUCUUGGAGUGGCACAGAGCCUUCCUGCCAAGACUCCUUCAUGUACGACACCCCUGAAGAGGUGGCCGAAGCCUUCCUAUCGUCCCUCACAGAAGCCAUAGAAGGAGCUAAUGCUGAGGACGGCCACGGCCCAGGAGAACAGCAGAAACGGAAGAUUGUCCUGGACCCUUCUGGCUCCAUGAACAUCUACAUGGUGCUGGACGGCUCGGACAGCAUCGGAGCCAGCAACUUCACGGGGGCCAAGAGAUGUCUCAGCAGCCUCAUUGAGAAGAUUGCAAGUUAUGGGGUGAAGCCAAAAUACGGUCUGUUGACAUAUGCCACGGACACCAACGUGCUCAUCAAAGUGUCCAAUCCCAUGAGCAGUGAUGCGGACUGGGUCCUGCAGCAGCUGCACAGAAUCAACUACGACGACCACAAAGCGAAGUCAGGGACCAACACCAAGAAGGCCCUCCUGGAGGUGUACAACAUGAUGAGCUGGAAAGAGAGCGCACGCCCUGAAGGCUGGAACCGCACCCGCCACAUCAUCCUCCUCAUGACGGAUGGCCUACACAACAUGGGCGGGAACCCAGUCAGCAUCAUCAAUGACAUCCGGUACUUGCUGGACAUUGGCAGGGACCGCAAAAACCCACGGGAGGACUACCUGGAUGUCUAUGUGUUUGGGAUCGGGCCCCUCGUGGACCAAACAAACAUCAAUGCGUUGGCGUCCAAGAAAGAUAAGGAGCAACACGUGUUCAAGGUCAAGGACAUGGAACACCUGGAGGAUGUUUUCUACAAGAUGAUCGAUGAAAGUCAGACGCUGAGUCUCUGUGGCAUGGUCUGGGAGCACAAAGAGGCCACCGACGCCCACAAGCAGCCCUGGCACAUCAAGCUCUCCGUUGUUCGCCCUGGGCAGGGCGUAGAAAACUGCAUGGGGGCUGUGGUGUCCGAGUACUUUGUGCUGACAGCAGCCCACUGCUUCACUGUGGAGGAUGAGGCCCACUCCAUCAAGGCCAGCAUUGCUAAGGAUGCGGCCGGGAGGAAGCAGGACUUGGAGGUGGAGCAGGUGCUCUUCCACCCCAACUACAACAUCAAUGGGAAAAAGGCGGAAGGCAUUCCAGAAUUUUACGACUACGACGUGGCCUUGGUCAAACUCAAGGUGAAGCUCAAGUUCAGCCAGACUCUCAGGCCCAUCUGCCUGCCCUGCACAGAGGGCACCACGCGGGCACUGAGGCUCCCUCUGUCAGCCACUUGCCAACAACACAAGGAAGUGCUGCUUCCGGUGAAGAACGUGGGAGCUCUGUUUGUGUCUGAGGAGACCAGCAAAGAUCAGAGGAAGACGGUGUUGGCUCGGAAGGAGGUGAUCAUCAAGAACGGGGAAUCGAAAGCCAGUUGCGAAAGAGACGCUCUGAAUGCCAAAGGUUACAGCAAAGUCAAGGACUUCUCUGAGGUGGUCACCCCCCGAUUCCUCUGCACUGGAGGUUCAGAACCCUACGCCGACCCCAACACUUGCAAAGGGGAUUCCGGUGGCCCGCUGAUCGUUCACAAGAAGAGCCGCUUCAUUCAAGUUGGUGUGAUCAGCUGGGGUGUAGUGGACGUCUGCGCGGACCAGCAACAAAAGCAGAAGCGCCAGCAGAAGCAGAUCCCUGCCUACGCCCGGGACUUCCACAUCAACCUCUUCCAUGUGCUGCCCUGGCUCAAGGAGAAACUCCAGGAUGAGGAUCUAGGCUUUCUCUAAGGGGUUCCCUCCGGGAACGAGGCGAGGCCUGGGAUGUCAUUAAAGCCGCUAUGACAACA